AGAACAGGAAAAGGGAAAAGCCUGACCCAUCACCUGGAUUCCAGAGAUGCCUGUGUGCAGAGGCCACAGGCAAGGUAACUGGCCCUGGAUCCUGCAUGGUGUACUUGGGAGCUGGAAGGGGGACUGCAGGGGAGAGAGAAAGCAAGGAACGCAGCAGGCAGUGCCAUGGCGUAUGUAGUAAAGUCACAUGAGGCUGAGAGUCCGAACUGGACUAGUUUCCCAGCUUUCCACACCGAUAACCUAGAAAGAAUGAUGGAGACCUCCCCCACUUCCCCCCAGGCCCUGAAGAUCAUUUCUUUCAGACUGAAAACCGGGAGCCUAAACAGAGAAGCCUAUUUUUACUUUGGGGUCUGGCAGUGCUGUGGUGCCAAUGGCUAGCUAACACACAGGUGUGUGUCUUUCUGCAGGUGCCCUGGGAGGGACCAUGGUGCCGAGGCAGUUGUGGGGAAAACUGAAGCAGCCAUUUCUCUUCCUGAGCAGUGCCUCGCUCCUCCUGGGGCUGGCUUUACUGGUCAUCCAGCCUGAUGUGGCCCCUGCUUCUUAUUUCUUCCUCUGCUUGGCUGGCUUCUGCUUUCUUGCCUGCCUCCUGGCCUGUGUUGUGGAGCGGGGCCUCCAAUCAAGGCAGCGCUCAAGGCAGACUGAGAAUCCGGAGGCCUCGGGCAACGCACGGGACAAUGCAGCUUUUGAGGUGCCAACCUAUGAGCAGGCGGUGGUGGUGAUGGACUCACAGUCACAGCACCACCUCCAAGAGCUGGAGCAACCACCUCCUUACAACAGUGUUGUAAUAUCGCCAGGAGCUGAGGGGGCGCAGCCUAGCCAGCUCGAGAGGCCCAGCCCAGGAAGGCUGAAAAGGCGAGUGGGCUCAGAGGGGACAAUGACUCGCAGAGGAAACCCUGGAAGACCUCUUCGACUUAGGGGUCCACGAGUUGUAUCCACUGCUCCUGAUCUGCAAAGCUUGCGGGUGGCCCCCAAAUUGGAGCCCGCUACUCCACCCCCUGCCUACGAAAUCUGUUUUGUUCACCCUGACGAUGACAAUGUUUUCUAUGAAGAUAAAAGGAUACUUCCCUAAGCGAUGCUCUCAGAACCUCUCAUUUCUGCACUCAUUUGCCCAGCAUGUCCUAAUAUCUACUUCAUCAGAAACCGGUUUGGCCCGGACAUCACAGAUGGGACCUUCAAACCAGCGGGGAGUCAGGCUACGGCAAGUCCUUCCCAGUUGAGAUAUAGGUGGCACACCUGGAUUCUUCUGGAAACAUUCUGGAGCCUACCUGAUGACCAGCAUUUCCAGAGUAAGGUGAAAGACGAGGAGCGAGGUGAUCAAGAGAAACUGGAGCGGUACCUCGGAGUGACAGCUGUGCUUCAUCAAGCCUCGCUUAGAUUCCUGGUGGGGUAUUACCUACCAGGGUAAGGAGAGAGUCUAAGAGUGAGGGGAGCUGAAUAGCUUGCACAGGGACAGGAGGCUAGUAAAAAGAUCAAGAGUCAAAUCCCAAUUCCAGUGCCUAUUGUUUUCAAUACCAACUGGGCAAUCCACACGACUUGAUAAUCUCGUCUUGGGACAACUGGUAGAGAGAGAAAUCUAAAUACAGACAGAACGGGAGGCCACAUAGGGUAGGAUAAGUGCGGCCAAGAGCACCCCCAGCUUCGGAGAAGCGCGCCUUCUAGUGCUUUCCAUUUCCCGUGCACCCCCGACCCUGGAAGUUCUAGGCGAACAAUGAGGAGAAGCCCAGCCCCCUUAGGUCUCCUGGAAGUUAUUGCAUGA